UGAGCUGAAACUGGCAGAGCAGCCUGCCCUGCCUGAAGCCACAAGCGGCCUGGAAAACCAGAAGCCGAGCCACCAGGAACGAAGACAAAACAGACAGAAACAGAAGGCGGGGGCCUCCCAUUUGGUUCCCCUCCCUCCCCGUUCCCAGGCUUCCAGUGGGCAGGGCAGCCACUGGUUCCACUCGCCCGUUCAGCUAUAAGUUAGUCGAGACAGGGCCUUGCACUCAGACUCAUCAGUUCAAUUCAAUCCAAUCCAAUCCCACCCUUCCCCGCCCCUUCCAAGAACUUCAAUCGUCCAACAAAAGCAGGAGUCGCAUCCCAGAUCCCCCCGCAUCAGAGACAGGCAGGGAGGGAACCGAGAUCCUCCGUCCGAGUCGAUGGAGUCAACGGUGGAGCGGAUAAGCUCGUCGGUGCAGUCCUGGGUGAAGGACCACGAGCUCGCAGCCAUCGCUGUCUGCCUGUCUAUGUGCGCGCGCACGCCCAGGAGGCGUGUGGGCUGCGGCGGUGGGCGCUUCGGUGGCGUACAGCCGGAGGAAGGCGCCGCAGCACUCCUGCACAGAGCUCGGCAGCACUCCCGCAUAGAGCCAGCGCGGGAUCCGCGGCGGGGGCGAGAUCCGGGGCGGGGGCGGCGGGGGACGGUGCCUCGGUCGUGGGGGAGGGGCACGACGGGGGCUAGCGAGCUGCUUUCAUGCGCGCGCGUGGGAGGGUGCGGGGUCAGGCGGGGGCAACCAGGGUGUGGACGGGUGUGGACGCUGACGCUACUAUCUUAAUAGAGUAGUAUAGAUAUGAAAUGUGGAUUUUUUAACCUUAGCUAUUUGCAAUGUUCAAGGACAAUGUCUAAUUACGACCUACUUUUUUGGAUUGCUUUUAA